AUGUGUUUUUACAAGAAUGAAUUUAGCAAGAUUGACGGCAUCAUUUGCAGUUGUCAUACUCUUUGUACAAAUUUAAAUAUUGCAAUUUACAAUUUCGCAAGAUCCUGUCCAAAUCCGUCAAUGUCAAACUUCAUGAACGGAACUAUACUAGGCGAUGCAUUCUUCUUUCCAGAAACUAUAAACCUGACUUGCAAUGAAGGUCACGAGCUAAUCGGUGGUACAUCUAUAUUCAAAUGCAACGAAAAAGGCAACUGGGUUGAGGUCAAAACGCCACAACAAGAAACUGAAAAUGACAUUCAAGAUAGAGUUAAAAGACAAAGAAAAUACAUUCAAAAAUGUACAGAAAAUCAAAUGCUUGUACCUAAAACAAAUAAAGUAGUAAAUCCUCGCUUUCCAACUUGUAAACCAAAGAACUGCCACAUACCACAGGAAAAUCCACACUGCAAGAGAAUAGGAGUCUACUUUCAGUACCCAGGUGUCGUAAAAUAUAACCGCGACUAUGGAUACUGCAUACUUGGAUCAAACCAAAUUCAAUGUAACUCAUCAGGACAAUGCGAUCCCGAACAUGGUACAGUACAGCUGAGCUCAGAACAAAGGUUUGUAGAUGACACGGCAGUUUACAGAUGCCAUUCAGGCUAUGACCUAAAUAUGGAUAAAAACAUUCAGAAAUUUACUCGAAUUUGCUUACAACCCGAUAACCCUCACGAGUGCAAAGGAAUGUGGAGCAAAAAACCGCCAUGCUCAAGGUCAUGUCCGGAUCCUAACAAUUCUAACUUCAGAAAUGGAAGCAUACAGGGAAUUGCCUAUUUCUACCCCGAAAAAAUCUUCCUAAAUUGCAGGAGAGGUCACGAGCUCGUUGGUGGAGGAUCCUAUUUUCAGUGCAAUGAAAGUGGCCAGUGGCAUGAAAUAUCGAAACCCAGUGAUAAGCCAUCACAACAAACCAAUGAGAGAAUAAACUCAGAACUUGAGAAAUUAAAAGCCUGCAUAUCGCCAAAGUCAAAUUCAAACAAAACGAGGCAUUUUCCACCCGAAGUGGGACAAUUUCCUACCUGCCAACCUAAAAAUUGUAAGAGACCUUUUGUUAACAGUAACUGUACUCUGGUGACAAGGAGCUUCCAUUAUCCAAACAAAGUGAUGUUUGACCGCAACUAUGGAUACUGCGUUGUUGGUAGUACUAGCUCUCAAUGCAAUUCACAAGGACUUUGGUCAAAUGCGUCACCAACCUGUGAACGUAUACAAUGUCCGUCCCUUGAACGUAUAAGAAGUGGCAGCUAUAUCUUGAAUAAAAACAACAGAUAUGUAGACGCCAGAGCGCGCUACACCUGCAAAAGAGGCUACAAUAUCUUCAUGGAUGCAGAAAGGUCGUCUUACAACCGCCAAUGCCGUCAAAAUAAAGACAUGAAAAGAUGUGAAGGAUACUGGAGCGGAAGAAAUCCGUGCUGCAUACCAAGAUCUUGUCCGAAUCCCAAGCCAUUUGAGAACGGAACGGUUAUUGGAGAUCAUUUCUUUUAUCCGGAAACAAUUUCAAUAAGAUGUGAUGUCGGGUACGAAUUGACGAAAGAUGGCCCAGUUUAUCAAUGCGAAGAAACAGGAUCUUGGGUUCCUCUAUCUGGUCCAUUGCCAAAAGGGCAUAAACGCGAUAAUUUGCGCGCAGAGGCAGAACUGCAACUAGUCCGAACUUGUCUAACAAAUAAUAGCAUUCAAACGAAAAAUGUUGAAAAUUCUGAAUUAAAUAUGGCAAGAUGCGAACCGGUCAACUGCGGAAAGCCCACCGAUCCUGUGGACGGAACAUGUUCAGGACUUUACCAUCAGUUUAAAGAGGUUGCGCGAUGUACAUGCAACCCGGGAAACUGCAUAGACCAUGUUAAGAUAACUUGUAACGCAAAUGCUGAAUGGUUUCCAUCAAUCCCAACCUGCUCAAGAAUAUAUUGUCCUCAACUGAAGUAUAAUGAGACUCGAAUGUGGUUAACAAAAAAAAGAAAUGGACAAGCAAAAGACUGCCUUAAAGGCAAGUUUUGCUACGGAGAUACUGUUACCUUUGAUCCUCGCCCUGGUUAUUCCCUCGACAGAAGCGUUCAACUCGUAUGUGAGCAAAACAAAUCAAACCCUCAUCAAUGCGCAGGCUUUUGGCAUCCCAAUGAUCGACUACCACAACCUCUUGAAAAGAGUUGCCCUCCUACUCCGGUUAAGAUCAAUAACGGACUUGUCCAUAGUAGUGAUUCUACCGUCGGAUCCACAAUCAGCUUCAGCUGCUCAGCAGACUACGAGCUAAAGGAUGGUAGUGAUACAAGAAUAUGUUUGUCGUCGGGACAGUGGAGUGGAAUGCAACCAAGAUGUGAACACGUUUGCGCCAAAUAUGUGGCACAACCUGGCUCCGUUCAGUAUUGUAACGUAACAAGCAGAAAGGCAGAACUAGUCUGUCCAGGAAUAACUGAGUGCCCAUCAGACCUCACUCCGGUCUGCUCUAGUGAUACACAAACUUACGACAACCUUUGUCUCCUAAAAAUUUAUGGCUGCAGAAAGUACGGCGUCAACGAUACAACAACCGCUGUAGCAAACAACAACUGUCUUUUCGGUGGAAUUUGUACUGAACCGCAACCCAAACCAACACCCGGAGAUCAGUGCGAGCAAACUGCGUAUCGAUAUUUCUACAAUACUGAAACGUCAGAGUGUGAACGGUACGCAAACGGACCCUGUUACAAAGGACAUAACAGUUUCUAUACAUUGGACGAUUGCAAAGAUCACUGUGAAACAAGUAAUCCUUGCAUUUCUAAAAUGGAUCCUGGCUUGUGCUAUCUUCAUCAGCUGCGUUACUAUUACAACCUGACAGAAGAGAAGUGCAUGGAAUUUAACUAUUCAGGCUGCUAUGGGAAUGACAACAAUUUUAUAUCAGAGUCAACGUGCGAAGCAAAAUGCAGCGGAGUUCGCAUCCCUCCUACACCUGUCAUCAUGACUGCAGAAGAUUGCUGCAGAAAGAAUACUCUGAAAGAUCAGUGCAGGGGCGGCCUAGUAUUAGACAUUAAUGCUACUGACACCACUACGAAAAAUGAAAGAGUGAUCGUUGGAGUAAAAUUCAAGCCAAGGAAUUUAAAAUAUCAAACAGUACAAAAGUAUAAAAAUGCUCUUAAACUUUCGCUGCCAAUAGCUAAAAGUGAAGUGGAAGGAUGCGACAUGAAAUGUCCAAAGUUCGGUUCAAAUAAGAAAUAUUUAGUUGUUGUUAAAGGAGCCAGUAUCAAAAAGAAGCAAGUGAAAGCUGAAAAGUACCACAUAAUGCAAUACAAAAACGGCGAAGAAAAGUCUGAAAAGGUUGAUCAACUAAAACAAUGCAAUCAAAUUCUGAAAUGUCCUAAUUUACAAUCGAUAUCAAAUGGUUCAGUUUCUGUGUCGUCAAACUAUUUGGGCGGAAUGGCUACUUAUCAAUGCAAAGCUGGCUUUGAUUUGAUUGGUUCUCAUACAAGAUCAUGCGAGGAACGUUCAUUAGGGCAUUGCAGCUUUACAUGGACUGAACAUCCACCGACAUGUAGAGCUAAAGAUUGCGGCGAUCCUGGUGUCAUUAGUCGUGGAAGAAUUGCCGUGAUCCAAGGAGACUGAAGGCGAUAUCCAAGUUACAUCCAGUUUAU